AUGUCGCCACGUGUCCCCAGACUGCUCGCUGUACUGAGCAUAGCCAUAGCCGCCACGUGUGCAGCUGGGCAAACGAUCGACUCUUCACAACUUCCCGCGUUGGCGGACCUGCAAGCGGCUUUUGGGCUCAAUUACUCGUCGUGGGGUGAAGGCGGAGAUUGCUACAAGGCGAGCUUUCUGCGAUGCGACAGCGACGGCAUGAUUACAGAAAUCAAUCUGGGCGCGAGCGGCCUUCUCGGAUCUCUGCCUGAGACCAUCAGCGGACUAGUGAAUCUCACCAGCAUUGAUCUGAGCGCCAACGGGCUGACAGGGCCGAUUCCCUCCACUAUAGGCGCACUUGCUAAGCUGAAACGGAUGCAGCUGGACAAGAACACGUUCGAGGGCAACCUCCCUCUGUCCCUGGGCAGGCUAACAAAUCUUACGUCCCUGGACCUGGCAGCCAAUCACUUUACAGGAUCUAUACCAGCUGAACUGGGCAACCUCGUCAACCUGCAGUACCUGCAGCUGAACGACAACUAUUUCGCAGGUUCCAUUCCGGCCUCUUUCUCCCAGCUCGACCAGCUGCAACGGCUGCAAUUGGGCAACAAUCAGCUCUCGGGGCAGCUACCUGCUGGUUUCGUCGCCUUCCCCGGCCUGACAGGCCUCUGGGUGGACAUACAGCACACAUGCCCCCCCGACAGCACCGGCUGUGGUCAGACCCGCCCCUUCCGCAACAACACCUUCUGCCUACAGACCUGCCCUUCUUUCUGCGACACCUGCAUUCCGAGGAAGCUUCCCACCCCUCCCCCCAACACCACCACCACCAUUGGCACCAGUUUUGGUACCCGUGUGAACGCCACGGGUGCUCCUGUUGCUCUGCCUCCUCCUUCCUCUCUGGCAGUAGCGUCUACACCUAAGGGUGCAUCGGGUGAUGCUAUCAGAUGCAGUAGCAGCUUGGUGCUCGGGGUUGCUCUUGCCCUACUGGCGCUGCUGUGA